CUUUGACGUUCGAUUCGACCCCCAAAUUCGACUGAUCAAAAACCCUACAAAUCUAAAUUCGCAGGGAGAAGCGAGCGAACACUUCCUCCUUGUUUAAAUCUCGCCGGCAAAUCGGCAAUGGACGUCGACACGAAUAUGCCUACCGCCGGAGAAGGGCCUUCAUCAACCGGCCCGGCACCUAUUGCCUCGUCUUCAUCGGCUGCUUCCUCUUCGAAAAAGGGAAAGCGCUUCGAGAUCAAGAAGUGGAACGCCGUUGCUCUGUGGGCUUGGGAUAUAGUUGUGGACAAUUGUGCAAUUUGCAGGAACCAUAUCAUGGAUCUCUGUAUUGAGUGCCAGGCUAAUCAAGCUAGUGCCACAAGCGAGGAGUGUACUGUGGCUUGGGGUCAGUAUUUAAACCCCAUAACACCUUCUAUGAAAUCACUUGAAAUCGACUGCAAUUGUUUGACGCAUUGAUUUUGAUUUGAUUUUUUGUCGAAUGUGUUGUUAGUUAGUACUUCUGAGCAUGUUUUCUUCUGUGUUUUUGUAGCAUAAAAUUGAAUGUUAUGUUUGUCCUGUUAUUCAUCUUUAAUGUAGAAUGAUUGAAAAGGUUGUCGAUCUAAAUAUGUUAUCACUUUGAUGCAAUCCUCUUUUGAAAUACAAGAACGAACUUAGGCAGUGAAAAAUCAUAGGCUAUGUGGAGAUGUUGUUGCUUUUUUUUUUUUUUCUUUUCUCUCCCCCCCCGGCCACCCUUAGUGUGUGCUGGUGAAUUCUGUGAUAACUUUCUGAUUCGUGAUUAAUAGGCUGUUGUGCGUCUGUUCGGAAAGUUACGUUUGAAAUCAUUUUCUCCUGUGAUUUCAGAUCAAAAGUUGUGUUGUUACCCUCCAGUUUUUUUUUGGUCUCUAUGUUAUAUGAUGUCCAAAAAGUGAACUGUGUAUAUUCUUCUUUCUUGGCUUUCAUCAUUCUUUUUAGUUUUUAUUUGCUCACCUUGUACAUAACUUUCCUCUUAUUAAAGUGAGUAGAGGCGAUGUUGUAGAAAUGCAUAACUUAGCCUAUAAUAGAAUGCGAUGCGAUGUAAUAAUAUAGGUAUCUUACGUAAUUAAUCAAUAAAGGUACCUUCAAAAAAAAAAAAAACUUUCCUCUUAUUGGAGCUUUUUCCGUGCACAUUGGUGGUCUUUCCCCUCUAAUGUGUCAAGAUGCCUUGUCUCUAGCAUGGGUAUUCUAAGUUUGAGAUGAGAGAAAAGCUGCACUAGUGUUUCAAAUCAGUUUUGAGGCUCAUCGACUUUUGUCCUUAGUUCUGCAUUGAUAAUUGAGGUUUUCUUUUGUUUGUGUGGGGUGGGGUGGUUAAUCUUUUUUGAAAAUCCAGGUUAGAUGGAUACAUAUGUUCUUUGUUAGGUUGAUCCUUAUUUUCAAUGAUGUACACCAGUACUUAUAUGACUUUGGACCUUGUUGAUAGGUGUCUGCAAUCAUGCUUUCCACUUUCACUGCAUCAGCCGAUGGCUAAAAACCCGUCAAGUGUGCCCAUUAGGUAUUGCUUUAAUUCUUCUCUAUUCCCUUCUGUUAGCUUUUUGGUGCCUCAAUUCCGCCUGUGAGAUUUUCUAAGUAAUCUUUGUGUUAUUUCUCAGACAACAGCGAGUGGGAGUUUCAGAAGUAUGGUCACUAGAACGUGCACUGGGAAUUAUCAAGAGAAAACAUCCUUUCUGUUCUCUUAUCUGCUGAAUUCAAGAGGCUUUGUGAUGUAUUAUAUCCUCUGUGGGCAGACUUUUGAUGAACACAGCAUCCGUUUCUCUAUUAAUUGUCACUAAUUCCUAUAUGAUGAAUUUCCUCUUUUGAGUUUGUACCAUUCUUCCAUUCCAUAACUUGUGAGCCGCCAUUUUGUUUCAAUUGGCUAUUGCUUACUUCUCAUUUGUGCCUUGCAUCUUUUCUAGUGGAAUUGCGUUUGAUUAUUGCCUAAUAUUGUCAUUUCACUGAUUUGGAAAUAUUCUCAUUACAUUCUUUUGUUUGAGAGAAUACCACAUUAUUUUGUUGUUUUAGACCUUCGCCAAGCCUGUUGUCACGUGCCUACUACUAUGGUCAUCAAACUGUUUUGCCAUAUUCUCAAGUCUUAUUUUGGUGCCUCGAAGAUGGAAAAGGCUCUCAAUUCCCCUUCUACAUGAUACUAAUCUAGGGCUAAACCAUUUUCAUCUUCUAUCUUUGAGACAGAGAAGAGUGUCAAUAAAGAGUAAGGCCGAUAUAACAGGCAAGAGAAAUCAGGAAGGAAAUAGGCACCAAAACGUCAUCUGCAAUUCCAUAUCCUGCUACAUCAAAAUACAUCAAAUAAUCAUUGAAAUGGAAAUUGAUCUUCCCAACAUUCAAAAACAAUUCAUAGGGUUAACAUUUAGCACCGCAUUCCGAAGCAGGUCUUUUGCAUACCCUCUAUCUUUCUGUCAGUUGUAUGAGCAUGAGAUAUAAAUAGAGGGUGCUUUUACGAUAAACUCAUUCGUGAUUCAUCUGUGCACAUAUUUUAGCACAGCCUUCUCCCAUGACCCCUGUCCAAAUGCAACAACGAUAUCUAUUGAUUUCUUCUUAUUCUCCUGCUUGCAAGAACCACAUCACAUAGAUGCAACAGACGAACUCAAACUCCAAACAACAGCGAUCGGGCUUUGCACGACAUGCACUCCGUCGCUCCAUUCCAACGAUCCAAAUGCAGAGUUAAUGCCUCCAUCAACCCUCUCCAGUACAUUUGAACCACUGGUGAAUGUUACUUCAUAAGACAAUGUCUGCUUAAUCUCACUAAAUACCAGCUUACUUGGUGACACAUUCACUUCCACAGAAGGUGGAGCAUUCACUUUCACCUCAUACACCGAUCCUGCUUCACUUCCGACGUUUUGAACAUACCUCCUGUACUUAACCACAUUUUUACCAGCUUCAAAAACAACUGAAAAUGACGGAUAAUUCAGCUCACCGGGGGAAGUUAAACCGGAUGAUGGGCAAUCUAUGGGUUCUCUCGUGAUGAUUUGGAUCAACUUGCUGUCGUAUCCAAUUGCACAGAGGAAUGCCACGUAGUCCACGAUCCCCAGAUCGUAGAUUAAACCCGGAUUGAGAGCUUUGUUAGGAUCAACAUGGCCUGAACCAUGAACAAAUGGAGUUGAUUGUUCACCAGUGGCAAGGUCGGUAAUAUUCUUGCCAUUGUUGUCUAACUUGUAAGCAGUCGUCAUCAAAGCGGACUUGAUUGCAGCUGGGCUCCAAUCAGGAUGGGCUUUACGAAGCAAGGCCGCCAGCCCACUCACGUGUGGACACGACAUGGAAGUCCCAGAUAUGAUGUUGAACUCCACUCUUCUUGGAUCAAUGUCCAAAUCCGUUGGGGCCGCGAACCCGGUCCACCCGGCUAGAAUAUUCACACCCGGAGCUAUCACGUCCGGUUUCAGAAUCUCCGGCGUUAAAUGGUUCGGUCCUCUGCUGGAAAACGAAGCCACACGUGGCGCCGACGGUGACUUCCCGAUCACCGUUCCACGGAACAAAAUUGUUGCCGUCGGAGAAGGAUCGGAUUUCAGGUAGCUCUUAAUCUUGUCUCCGAAGGUUUGACCCACCAUUGUAGCCGGGAUGAGAUGCGAAUCGGCGAUGAGCUCCUCGCCGGAAUCCGCCAGGUUGGCCAGUAUCAUCCCAGCUCCGCCGGCCAAUUUGACCGCGCUUCCUUUAGCAACCCUUGCAUUGCCGCCGCGAUCGCAAAUGACGAUCUUGCCCUUGACUUUUUCCGGGUCAAGUUGACCUUCGUAGCAAUAUUUGCUUCCACAAUCCUGAGCAUAAACAACCGGCAAAAAUGAAUCUUCCAGCGGUUUCCCGGAGUAAAGAGAAACACCACCGAAUGUUCUCCCGUCGCCGAGGACGACAUCCGCGGGGAAUUCCCGGUCAACGGUAGAAGCACCAACCGUGAGGAUCCACGGUGCGAUGUUCACGGCGGUGUACGGACCGGGACCGGAGUUGCCGGCGGAACAGGAGACCACAAUCCCGUUCUUAGCAGCUCCAAACGCCCCAAUCGCAAUGGAAUCGUGAUAAUACUGCGGGGCAUAACCGUUGGCCCCCACGGACAGCGAGAUGACGUGUACUCCGUCAUCGAUGGCGUCAUCCAUGGCCGCCAAUAUAUCGGAAUCGAAACAUCCGGCGCUCCAGCAGAUCUUGUAAGCCGCAAUCCUGGCUUUAAUCGCCAUCCCUCUAGCUUCUCCCCUGGCGUAUUCGUAGAAGCUGGCGUUGCUCACCACCGAUCCGGCAGCAGUGGAAGCCGUGUGGGUCCCAUGGCCUUCCGUAUCCCUCGGAGAAUUCGAUUCUCCGGCUUCUUCUAAUGUACAUCCCAGAUAAGCUUCGUAGCCCUUAUAAUAGGAUUUUGCUCCUAUGAUCUUCUUAUUGCAGGAACUCGCCGGAAAGUCAGGGGAGGUAACGCAUUUCCCUCUCCAGGUUGACGGGACAUCCGGGAGACCUUCAUCGGAGAAGCUAGGACGUUCCGGCCAGAUUCCGGUGUCGAGAACGCCCACGAUGACGUCCUCUGCGUAAUGAGAAUUGGGCCAUAUGCCAGAAGAGUCCUGCAAGCCCAGGAAAACCGGUGUGUGAGUCGUGUGAAGUUGACGGAUCCCGUCAGGAACAACGGAGAGAAUUCCGGGGAAACGGCUGAGCUCGGCGGCUUGCUUGGCGUUGAGCUGAGCGGAGAACCCAUUAGCCGCGUGAUCGUAAGUGUAGAGAAGCUUGGUGGGAUGAUGAGGGGAGAGGUGGGAAAGGGAUCGGAUAAUGGAGGAGUACCAGUGGCGAUGGGUGGUGAAAACGUGGGGCUUGUUAGGUUUAGAUACGUGGACGAUGUAAGUCUCCGGCUGGUCGUCCGGUGAUGAUUGUUCGGAGGCGAUGGUUAACGUUGGCGGGACGGAAAACAAUAAUACUACCAAACAUAAGAAGGAGAAGACGGGGAAGAAUAACCGGCGUGGGAUGGAAGAAGCCAUGAUUCAGGACAGGUGGGAGGUGUGGAUAAAUCUGAGGUUUAUUUCAAUGUAGUAGUAGUAGUUCGGAGGAGAAAAGGGGGGAAUCUUGUGUUGAUUAUGAUUGGUGGGUAAAAGUCCACGUUGAUGGGAUUUUUUAUAGAGAUAGUUUUGGACUAUUUGUUCUAGAGAAGAGUAAAACUCUAUUAUUGGGUUCCUUGAUAUUGAAUUAUUGAGAUUGAUUAUCUCUAUUCCCACACCGAGGAUAAGGGUAUAUUUGUUUCCUUUUAGUGUGUGUUUUUAGGUGUUUUUUAUAUUGAGAAUGUAAAAAUAUGUAUUAAAAAUGUAAAAAAAUAUGUUAGAAUGAAUCAGAUAUUAUUAUAUUAUUCGUAAAAAUCAUGAG